CCUUACAGCUACACUUUGUUGUCGAUACAAUGUACGAACAAUAAUAAUUCAAUAUGCAUCUUUGGACGGCAGAAUGUUUAGAAAUACCUUUGAAAGCGAGCUUUCCGCUCUAGAAACACCCUACCGUCUUCACUACCACGUUCCCACUGCAACCUCCCGUGUCACGAAUGGAGCGAGGAGACUGAUGCGCGAGCAAGUCGCAGACCUUAUUUCCUUCCUUGCAGUCACUCAUUGCAUGUCAUUGGACUUGGUAUUCAUCACUUGGACACCUUCCCUAGGUACCUUGGGAGCUGGCGCGACUGCUCAAGUAUUGCAGAGGGAGCUUGACUUGCGCCGCAGUCUUGCACUCAAGCGCCCCCAAGCUCGAGAGCUUUCAAAGGAGGAUAGAAAAGGAGAUAAAGCUUUGCUUGAUGGCGAGUAUCGGAUUCUGAUUUCUGAGAUCCUGACGCUGUGCACUGAAGGUCUUCGAUACCACCCAAACAUUAUCACCCUCGAGGCUAUUUGCUGGGACUUCAAGCAAGAGACAGGUGAAGUUUGGCCGGUACUCGUGUUCGAGAAAGCAGAAGAGGGUGACUUGCGCACCUUUCUGAACUCUCCGAGAGGACGAGCAUUAGACUUGCGGAAACGGUUGCAGUUAUGCCAGGACGUUGCAAUAGCAAUGCUGUGCCUGCACAGAUAUGGGAUCAUCCACGGCGAUAUCAAUCCUCGAAAUCUCUUGGUGUUUCGUGAACAAGAGGAUGUUUACAUUAAGAUGUCGGAUUUUGGUUAUGCAGCAUUGAUGCAUCGAAACGAUCACAUUGACAUGGCGAAAACUUGGCCUUGGUAUGCUCCGGAGUGCUUAAAUCAGUGGUCGUUCGACUUCGAAGAUGCCCGAAAAACAGACUUCUAUUCCUUUGGCGUUGUAUGCCUCUGGAUAAUGUUCAAUGAAUGUUUCCAAGAUGAGGACCAAUUUCUCGAACCCUCCGAUCAGCUUACGUAUCCAUGGAUCGACGAUCUGAGACGAAGAAAAACGACCCUUACAAAAGCGGUGGCACUGGUGAAUGCGAUAUCUGAUCUUGAACUGGGCCAAGUCACAGCCUUGAAGCUAUUCUUCGAGUACUCAUUGAGCGAAAACCCAGAGAAGCGAAGUUUAUCAUUGAAAGGGCUCUUCUAUGAACACAGUAUGCGGACGGAUAUUGGCAAAGUGACUUUUGACAGUAUUCAACCUCGCUUUUUUACACCUCUAGAGCUACCGUAUGCAGGCCAAUUCAGGCUUAGUAAAGUCUGGCAUCAGGCAAUGCGCGGAGACUUCAGAUUCUGGAGCGCAAUCUUCCACGCACUCGAAUCGCAGGCAGAAUCCCAUCCCGACGAGCAAUGUCGGAAGAAUGCUGCCAUUCAGCUAGCUCUAUGCUUCGAGCUCGGCUUUGGGUGUGCGAGAUCAACGAGCAAUUCCCUACAUUGGCUCAGCAGAGGCUCGGGCACCAAGGCGUACUUAGAGCAGGAAGUCAAUGAGAUAGACUCGUAUGACCUCAAACAUACAGGUGGUGGUGGGUGGUCGCCAACGAUGUUCCCGCAGCGCACUUAUCUCGCAGAAACCUAUCAAACUGCCGGUCUUCUAUCGCAAGCGGAAAAGAUACAUCGCAAAGCUAUCGAAGACCUUCAACACGUGCUGAGAAGCAGUCAUAGUACCAUCUUGGAACAAAGACUGACAAUAGCCGACAUGAAGUGGAUAGUGGGCAAUGGUAAUGAAGCGUAUGACAUCGUGUCUGAUGUCCUUAGUAUUUGCCGCACGUCUCUCGAAAGGCACCAUUCGACGUUGGGUCAUGCGUUGGAUCGCAAGAUAAGCCUUUGCAACGCGACGAGUAGAUGGUCAGAAAUGAAGGGCCUCCUCUUAGAGUAUAGAGAGAUUAUCAAGAAAAAUGGAUACCCUCGCUGGGUUACAGAUCACGAUUCUUACAGGCCACGCCCUUCCCGAGAUAUUCUCAUGCUCAAACGGCUGGCACAAUGCUGCUAUUACGAAGGGAACUUUGAAGAGGCGGAAAAGCUGCUAUUGCAAUAUAUCGACGAGGCGGCGGAUCACUGGGGUCGGCAGAGUUCUGCUUGCCUGGAUGGGGUACAAGACCUUGGAAGGAUUUAUAGUGGCCUCAAGAGAAACGAACGUCAACAGAGUCAAUGGCUCCGUCGAGAAAUCAAUGUAUGCGAGUCUGCCGGUACUAAGACUCAGGGCUCUCAACUCGACCAUAUUUUGGAUCUCAAGGUCUCGCUAUCGAACGCACUGAGCCAGCCAGGAUGCACGCGAAAAGAGAUGAACGAGGCGACAGCAUUAGGAAUACAGAAUCUCUAUGAUUGCAGGAAGUUUCUAGGGACUCAAAAUCCAACGACUCUUUUUGCCACCGAAGUUCUCGCCAAUAUCUACCUUCGACGAGGACGAACUAGUGAGGGUCGAGCCCUGCGUGAGACACGUGUGGCAUUGUGUCAAGUGGAGUUUGGAGAGGAACAGCCAGUAACGGCAUGGGCUCAAUGGCAGCUGGCCUGGUCCUGGGACAUGCCAUGGGAUGAAAAAUUGGCCUUACGGGCACAAUGUGUCAGGGUAUUGAUUGGAGCUCUUGGAGAUAAUCACCCGAGAAUUCCUGCUCUCCGAAAACGUCUCGACCUGACUCGAAAAUGGAGCCGGCGGGAUAGCAUCAUUCCGGGGAGGAUUCUUUCCGCAAUAUAUCGACGAAUUAAUGCCAUUAGCGAUUGGCGAACAAGACUGUCUGACCCUCUGUAAUACGGAGUGUACUUCUCUCUCGGUUUCUACGUAUUCACAGCGGCAGCAGAAGACAGAAGCAUAUAGCUCAAUCUCAAUGUCAAUCUAACAAAAGCACGGUACUGGUAUUUGUGUGGAAAAGGACUAGAGCACAGAGUAAUGAAG